AUGGAGGUCAUUGCGGGGCCCAAGCCCAUAAAGAAGCUCAAGCCAGCGCGUAAGCAGGUCAAAGCAGGCGAUGUCGACAAACAGGAGAGCGUCCAAACGGGCAAAGAGUACAACAUAUGGUACAACAAAUGGGCAGGCGGCGACCGCGAGGACAGCUAUUCAAACAAAGUCAAAUCCCAAACCCGCUGCCAGAUCCGCAAAGACUCAGGCCUAACCCGCGCCAACACAACCGGCAACAAAUACACCUGCCUCUUCUUCGCGCGCGGGUGCUGCCCGUACGGCUGGGAGUGCGAGUACCGCCACACGCUGCCCGACACGAACGACACCCUCCCGGACACGUCCAAGGACUGCUUCGCGCGCGACAAGUUCUCGGACUACCGCGAUGACAUGGGCGGUGUCGGCAGCUUCAACCGCAUCAACCGCACGCUCUACAUCGGCCGAAUAAAGGAGACGGGCCCGGGCCCGGACACGGAGGAGAUUGUGAUUCGGCAUUUCAAGGAGUGGGGGGACAUCGAGAAGGUCAGAGUACUGCAGUACCGCAGCGUCGCGUUCGUCACGUACGUCUCCGAGCUGAGCGCGCAGUUCGCCAAGGAAUCCAUGGCGUGCCAGUCUAUGGACAACGACGAGAUUCUCAACGUCCGGUGGGCGACCGAGGACCCGAACCCGACGUCCAAGGUCGCUGAGAAGCGGCGGCUGGAGGAUAUGGGCCAGGAAGCGAUCAAGGCGCGCAUGGACCCGCGGAUUGUCGACGCGAUGCGGUCUGUCCGGGCGCUCGAGGAGGGCGUCGUGCUCGACGCUGAUAGCGAGUUCGCUGACGGCGCUAUGGAGGAGGAGGAGGGUGAAGAGGGAGACACGGACGGGGAGCCCCGGGGCAAGCGGCGGAGGAUUGAGGGGCCAGCUCAGGCGACGCUGACGCCGCCCGAGUCAGAGGAAGAGCAGCCUGGGCCGGUGCCGCAGCCGCAAGGGCUGUUGUCUGCUGACGCGCUGGAGGGGCUCAAGUUUUUUGCGGAGAUCAGGAGGCGGAACGGGAGUAGCGGGCCUGUUGCUAACGUCAGACCGGCAGCAGCAGCACCUGCACCCAGGGCGCUCAAUGAGGGAGGAGGGCUCGGGCUUGCGGACUACGGAAGUGACGCGGAGGAGUGA